AUGUUGAAUACAUACAAUCGCCAAAUGGGAGGUUUUGUUUUGACCACAGUGGCCUGUCUACUUUGCUGCAUGUCUUUGAGCCUUCCUCAGUGGCGAGUGUGGUACUAUGAAGACCCUAUGAUUUCCAAGCCUACAAGGGCUUUUGUGGGCAUGUGGAAAGCCUGUGUUUUCCACAAAGGCAACAACUCCAGAAAAAUGAAAAUAUGUCACCAAUACAACUACAGUGACUCCUUCAUUCCACUGUAUAUUCAAAUAAACCAGCACCUGCUGCUGGUGGCUAGCUUUUUUGGGCUGUUUGGGAAAAUCACUACCAUUAUUGCUCUUUGGAUUCUGUGUGUGGAAAGAGUGUGGAGGAAUGUCACUUGCAAACUAUUCAGACUUUCAGGAAUUCUGAAGAUCAUUGCUAGCAGCUUACUUUUCCUGGCUGUUUUGAUCAAUUACAUAUCCAUCAUUCAUAAAUGGGGGGUUGCCUUUCCACCAUCUUUUAAUAUGCCUUCUGACCCAGACACUCAGAAGGUUGGUAGUGCCAUGGUUUUGGCAACUGUAGCUGCAAUUUUCUUUCUAAUAAGUGGCAAAAUUUGCCUUCCUUCAAAUUCAGCCAUGCUCAAGACACCCCAUUCUAAAAUUUAA